ACCCUCACACCCCUCGCCAUGCCGCCCAAACGCUACUUCGACGCUGCCACAGACGACGGCGCAGCACCCGGGCCCAGCGCCGCGGGUGCCGCAGCCAAGGCGCCUGCGCCGGCGACGACCAUCUUCGUCUCGCGCCUGCCCUUCACCGCCACCUCCGUCGACCUCGAGACGCUCUUCUCAGACAUCGGCCCGCUCAAGCGCGCCUUCGUCGUCACUGACCCUGCUACCAAGGCGUCCAAGGGCGUCGGCUACGUCACCUUUGCCGCGCCCGAUGAUGCGGCGCGUGCGCUGCGUGAGAUGCAGGGCAAAAGCCUCGACGGCGGCAGCCGCAAGAUGGCCCUCAGCUGGGCCGACGAGAAGCCGAGCCUCAAGGAGCGCAAGGGCAAGAAGGCCGACGCUGCCGACGGCACCGCCGCUGCGCCGGCCAAGCGUCCGCGCCUCGCAGCGCCCGCCAGCGCAGGCACGCACAGCAGCGCCGGGCCGUCCAAGGACCCCGACGCCGUGCGCACCCUCAUCCUCUCCGGCCUCGCCGCCUGCACGCCGGCAGCCAACGACAAGACGAUCUACAAGCGCUGCCGCAAGAUCGGCGACGUUGAGCGCGUCGUGCACCCGGCGCACGACCCGUCCAACAUGUCAGGCAACGCCAAGCCGUCGCCCGACAUUGCCCAUGUCGUCUUCCGGACGCCCAACCACGCCGCCACGGCCGUCGACAAGCUGCACGCCCACAUCUUCAAGGGCGCCAUGCUCAGUGCCGUGCUCAAGAAGCGCGCAGACGGUGCCGCCCGCCUCGAGGCGCGUAUGCGGCCCGAGAAGCGCGAGAAGCUCGAGGCAGCGCAGGCAAAGGCACGCGCUGUCGCCGAGGCCGAGGCCAAGGCGGCCGGCCGCGCGCUGACCUUCACCGAGGUCAAGGGCGGCGUGAAUCAGGUCAGCCGGCUGAUCCUGCGCAACCUGCCGUUCGACAUCACGCCCGGAGACCUGCGCGCCGUCUUCCUGCCCUUUGGUCCCAUUCACAGCAUCGACGUGCCGCAAAAGGCAGCGCCACCAACGCGCUCGCAGAUCCGCGCGCAGAAGCGCGCCGAGGACAGUGCGAGCGAGGACGAGAGCUCCGCAGAAGAUGCAGCAGAGGCGUCUACCGCUGCUGCUGCCGCGGAGGACUCGAGCGCCGGAGAGAGCUCUGAUGAGGAGGAGGAGGUGGCCAAGCCGCACCCCGCGCCGGUCGCAGCACCUACCCGGAGCACAGGAGCCACGCGCGGUCGCGGCUUUGCCUUCGUGUGGAUGGUGUCGCGCGGCGAUGCCGAGCGCGCUCUCAACGCCAUCAACGGCACGCCCAUCCGGCACGGCACAGCCGAGCGCGCUGCGGUCAAGAGCGCCAAGGGCAAGAAGGGCCGCGAUGCGGCCAAGCUGGCCCUGGCGCAGGCCAUGGAGGGCGCACAACCAGAGCGUCAGGUCGCUGUUGACUGGGCGCUGAGCAAGAAGGACUGGGAGCAGCGCGCGGAGGAGACGGAUGCCGACACCGACGCCGAGACGGGCAAGGAGGACGAGAGCGACGAUGACAGCAGCGCGGACGCUGGCAGCGAUCUCGAUCCCGAGGCCGUCGACGAGCUCAUGCACGACGGUGCAGAGGACGAGACGGACGAUGAGGAGAAUGAAGACGAUGAGGAGAUGGAGGCGCCCGUCAAGCCGGCCCUGCCUGCGCCGGAAGAGGGCACGACGCUCUUCAUCCGCAAUCUGCCGUACCAGGCCACAGAGCCAGAGCUGCGCGACCUCUUCCGCUCCUUCGGCCCGCUGCGCUACGCCAAGAUCACCAUGGACAAGGCGACGCAGCGCAGCCGCGGUACCGGCUUCGUCUGCUUCUGGCAGGUCGAGUCCGCAGACGCAGCGCUGCGGCAAGCGCGGCUUGUCGAGAGCGAGGCUGGCCCGGGUGCACGCGGCAAGCCGGCCGCUCCGGCCGCAGCUGGCGCCAAGAACCCGUUCACCCUGCCCUCGAUCCUCACGGCCGACGCCUCGGCGCCGCUGACUGCCUCGCUGACGCUGCACGGCCGCGUGCUCUCCGUCACGCCGGCCGUGGCGCGCGAGCAGGCCGGCUCGCUCGAGGCAGCCGCCCGCGCCGCGCGCGAGAAGGGCGACAAGCGCAACACGCACCUCAUGCGCGAGGGCGUGCCGUUCCCCAACAGCCCGCUGGCGCGCGACAUGAGCGAGUCGGAGAAGGAGAAGCGCCUGGCGAGCUUCGGCGUGCGCAAGUCGCAGCUGGGCGCCAACCCGAGCCUCUUCAUCAGCAAGACGCGUCUCAGUGUUCGGCAGCUGCCGCUCUUCGCUACCGACCGCAUCCUCAAGCGCCUGGCCAUCUAUGCGGUGCGACACUUCGGACUCGAGGCGCGUGCAGGCGAGCGGACAGACCUCAGUGCCGAGGAGAAGGGCGACCGCACAAUGAGUGCCGCGCUCACGGGCGAGGACGGCCUGCCGAAGCAGAAGCGCACCGAGCGCCAGACGGCCGUGGUGCAGUCCAAGGUCGUGCGGCAGCAGGACCGUCUCGACCCGCUCACUGGCAACGGCCGCUCGCGCGGCUACGGCUUCCUCGAGAUGCGCAGCUUCAUUGACGCGCUCAAGGUCAUCCGCUGGGCCAACGCGCGGCCCGACGUCGGCAAGCUCAUGCAGGAGUGGUGGCUCGAGGAGCUCGAAGCGCUCGUGAAGCGCCUCAAGGUCGCGCGCGAGAAGCAGGAGGGCAAAGAGCGCGUCGAGACGGACGCCCGCCUCAAGCGGCUAGCCAAGCGCAUCGAGGAGCUGCAGUCUGGCAAGCAGGUCGAGAAGGCGGAGCGUGGUGGUCUGCUGCAGAUCGAGUUCUCCAUCGAGAACAGCGUCGUGAUGAAGAAGCGUCGCGAGCGCACGACGGCUCAGCGCGCCGGCGCCGCAGUCCGCUCGCGCCACGCUGCCGAGGACGCAGCAACUGUUGCAGCUGGCGGCAAGCCUGCCCCACGGCCCACUCGCGAGGAGGCGCGUCGCGAUGCCAAGCGCGAGGCGAAGCGCGAGGCAGCUGCAGCCGACGAGCCGCGCAACAAGAAGCAUGCCAACUGGAACCAGAAGGCGCGCAAGGGCGCGCCCGUCGAGGAGGUCAAGGCCAAGGCGAAGGCCUCGCAGACCGUCGAGGAGCACAAGGCGAAGCGCGACGGCGCCAGCCACAUCGGCGCGCAGAUUGGACGCGCAAGAGCGAAGAAGCAGAAGCGCGCCGGUGCCUGAUCUCGCAAUGUCACACGCUGCUGCCAC